CGUCACCCUGCCUCAAGACGAUCUUUCAGAAAAGUUGUGAGAGCAUCGCCAAGCACAUCUUCGACCAAACAUGCCAUUGAGGGCGUUGCGGACGAUCGCCAAGUCGCAGAAUGGCGUCGGCGCCCACAUCAUCCAAUGCAAGAAGCUUGACUUCCACUACUGCGACCACGGGGGCUCCUCCAAGGGCAUGAAAGCCUUCCUCACCCACCAACUGCCGGCCUUCGCGCGUGCCAACGCCUCCAUUGAAAUGGCCGUCUCGCCCCGGCCGAACCACCACCCCGUCAUCCGAGGCCACUACACGAACGGCGCCGUGAAGGCGAUAUGCGUCAGGUCGCUGGAGCCGGACCAGGUGAGGCUGAUGGCGGAGCGGCUGCGGGACACGUGCGGCGAGCCCUGGAAGAGGGUCGUCAAGCCGGUGAAGAGCGUCAACGAGAGCGUCAGAGGCGUGUGGAGCGGCGUGCACGGGUCGGGCAUUGUCGUGGGGGACGACGGGUCCUGGACGACGAAGAAGAAGACCAAGGGCAGCCCGACCCAGGUUUGAAGGAUCGCUCUUUGAUGGUCCGGGAGAAAAGCGAGGGCCGCGCCAUAUUGGGAUUGUAAUAUUAAAAUUAAAGAGAGAGAGAGAGAGAGAGAGAGAGCAAAAGAGAGAAAGAGAGCAUUGCUUGGAGUUCAAUGGGCAUCCGCGUCACGGAAUUCGGGAUUCUGGAUCUAGUCUCGACUGUAACAUAAAAGCGUGGGAGAGAUGGUCAAGUCAUGUACGUUGCAACACACAAACACACACCUAUGAACCAUGAA